UCUUUUUCAUAUGAGUCAUCUACGAUCAGCCCUUAUCGUUGAAUACAUUGUCGUUGCGUAGUGCGAUGAGUGUAUAUUAUUGCUGUACGUAAACGUACACAUAAAUUAUGUUUAUACGUUGGAAAUGAAGUGUGCAAAAAGAGUUAGCUUCGGAUGAAAGAUUAUAAUAAAUAGAGCAAUUUAACAAAUUGUAGGUGACGUGUAUAACAUCGUUAAAACACAAUUCUCAUAGAACUGCCUUCGUAAACAAGGCGCCAUGAUGUUCUUGCAACGCCAUAAUACUGUUAUACGACGUUUCGUUCUUUCUAUGAUAAAUAUUUAUAAUUAAAACCGCAUGUAAGAUACGAACGAAAUCAGUUACUUUUUGUGUACUUCUCUACAUUGUAAUAAUCUCUGGCUAUCUGAUUUUGGUGAGUACGUGUAAAAGUUAGUGAGUUCUUCCUAAAAUUCUGAAAGUUCUCGGUACUAUUGCUUAUUGCAAAUACCCUCAUUCUACCACGAAAAGGAGUGAAAAAGAUAGAGAUUGGAAGACAGAGAAAAGUCGUAGUGGAAGAAAAAAAGAGAGAGAAAUAUUAUGUACGCUACGAGUGGCUGUACUGUAUUACAAGAAAAUUUGCUCAGAUAUUUAUCGUGUUCGUAGAAUUGUUGUCAUUAAGAAUACGAUAAACUCAAGGUGAAAAUCGAUAAAUUCAUAGAUAUUUUUAUUUGAUUGUGAUGGCGAGAGGUUGGCGUCAAGAAUGUAGUAACAGGAGUGGGAGAUUGUAGUAAAAACAAUGCUGGAUCGCUAAGCAAGUUCUGCGUUGCUACAAAACGGAAACUAUAAAAAAUUCAUACAUAUAGUUUACAUAUUACAGUAUUUUUAACAUGGAUGAUGAAGAAGGAUCAUCAAGUUCUGGGCCUAUGUCUUCAUUGAACAGUUUGUUUUCAUUUACUAGUCCUGCUGUAAAAAAGUUACUUGGCUGGAAACAGGGUGAUGAAGAAGAAAAAUGGGCAGAAAAAGCAGUUGAUUCAUUAGUAAAAAAAUUAAAAAAACGGAAGGGUGCAAUAGAAGAAUUAGAACGUGCUUUGAGCUGUCCAGGCACACCUAGUAAAUGUGUAACAAUUCCAAGAAGUUUAGAUGGUAGAUUGCAGGUUUCACAUCGUAAAGGUUUGCCACAUGUAAUUUAUUGUAGAGUAUGGAGAUGGCCAGAUUUGCAGUCACAUCAUGAAUUAAAACCAUUAGAGUUAUGUCAAUACCCUUUUUCUGCUAAACAAAAAGAAGUUUGCAUCAAUCCUUACCACUAUAAAAGAGUGGAGAGUCCAGUGCUCCCACCUGUAUUAGUUCCUAGACAUUCAGAAUAUGCUCCUGGACAUUCAUUGUUACCAUUUCAACAAAUAGCAGAACCAACAAUGCCACAUAAUGUGUCCUACUCCUCUAGUGGAUUUAAUGCUGGAUCUACUGGUGGUGUAAAUCCAACAUCACCUAUGUCUUCUGUUGGAUCUGUUCCCAGUCCAGGAAGCACAACAUCACCAAAUCCACAAAGUCCAUAUGGUACUAAUGGGCUACCAGAAACUCCUCCUCCAGCAUAUUCUCCACCUGAAGAUGGUUCACAACCUGGACAAUCACCACCACCUGAUCCAGUAGCAAUGGACACAAGUGGAUCAGCUGAAGUAGCUCCAGUAUGUUAUCAGGAACCGCCUUAUUGGGCCUCCAUUGCAUAUUACGAAUUAAAUUGUAGAGUGGGUGAAGUUUUUCAUUGUCAUUCUCACUCUGUUAUUGUGGAUGGUUUUACAAAUCCAAGCAACAAUUCUGAUCGCUUUUGCCUUGGACAAUUGUCCAAUGUAAAUCGUAAUUCUACUAUUGAAAAUACAAGAAGACAUAUAGGCAAAGGAGUACAUUUAUAUUAUGUAGGUGGUGAAGUUUAUGCAGAAUGUCUCUCUGACUCUGCUAUAUUUGUACAAUCUAGAAAUUGUAAUCAUCAUCAUGGAUUUCAUCCUAGUACUGUUUGUAAGAUUCCACCAGGAUGUUCAUUGAAAAUAUUUAAUAAUCAAGAGUUUGCCCAGUUACUUUCACAAAGUGUUAAUCAUGGUUUUGAAGCAGUUUAUGAAUUAACAAAGAUGUGCACUAUAAGAAUGUCAUUCGUUAAAGGUUGGGGUGCUGAGUAUCACAGACAAGAUGUUACAUCUACUCCUUGUUGGAUUGAAGCACAUUUACAUGGACCCUUACAGUGGUUAGAUAAAGUGUUAACACAAAUGGGUUCUCCUCAUAAUGCUAUAAGUUCUGUAUCAUAAUUUGUGCAUCAAAUUUAAUAGCAAAGGGAGAAAAUAGUGAACUGUAGGAAAAUCUGAUGAUUCAAGAACAGUUUUUAAUAUUAUCAUAUAACAUUUUAACUAGUUAUUGUAAGAGAUUUAUGAAAGUACCAGAGAAAGUGGUAAAUGAAAAACUGCCUAGUGAGAUUUUUCUCAUGCAAGUAAACUGAAGCUAAUAUGAUUAUGAAAAUAAAGGGUUACGAAAGUUCACAAUUAUUGAAAGUGAUCCUUAUUAAAGAAAUUUCGGAGAUUACAGUUUACAUGUAAAAGCUGUACAAUUUUUUGGCUGUUAAAUAGGAGAAGAAUUAUAGCAGAAAAAAUAUGUGUUAUAUAUGAAGAAUCAUAUUUUUCAAAUAUAUUCAAUUACACUUAUAUAUAAUACGUUAUUUUAUAUGGAAAAUUGUUAUGAAAAUAUGUCCUAAUGCUAUAUCACGAAUGCUUCAUUAAAUUGUUUCGAGACUUAUACUGAAAUCUACAUUUGCGUAGUUAAAGAGCAAAUCAAUUGUAAUUAAACAAAAGACGAUUACUGAAUAAUAAUAUACGAGAAUGAUUCAGAAUUACAUCAAAUAACACUUUAACAUUUAUAGUUUUGAAUACAAUAUGCAUGCUUCUGAAGCAUUUGAUUUAUGCCUAAACAAGUCUUAGAAUAUUUAAAUUUAUUACUAUUAAGAUUAUAAUCUAAGUGUAAUUAAUUUCAAUUUUACUAAUUGUAAUACAAUUAAUAUUUUAAUAUAAACAUCAGAUGCUGAUCUCACGUUAACAUUUGAAAGUUAACUGUAUCUGAUGACAUAUUGGAAUAUUAACUUUGAUAAUGCAUAUAAAAAUAUUUUUUGCGCAACGUUUCCUAAUAUUCGCGAAAUGUAAGCCUUUGGAUGUAGCCUUAUAAGAAAUUAAUAUGACAACUAACAUAAAGUCAUCUACUUACUACAUGUCGAAUUGAGAGUAAUAUAAGACUUAUGUGUUAGCUUUGCACUUUUCAGAAGUGUUUACAAAUUUCAGGCUUUUACAGAAUUUUAUGUACAUAUAAAAAGUAUACUAUUAUAUGAUGUUAUAUGCAAUUCAAAUAAUUGGCAUUACAUUCGAUACUAACCAUAUGAAAAUUCUGUGAAUUGAAUUCUGAAAAGUGCCAAAAGUGUAUGUAUAUAAUGCCUUUCAUUUAAAUCAUGUCGAAAACUAUUUUUGUUGAUUAUUAAUAGGAAACUUAAGCCAACGGAGGAAGAUUUACUUAGAAAAUAUUCGGUUACAAAAGAUAUUGCUUGUUUUAUAUAUUUUACUGAAUAAUAUGCAAAUUUUAUAAGAACAUUAUAAUAGUGAACAUAAGAAUUAUAUAUCACAUACACAUUCAAUAAUGAGCUGGGAAGGUCAUAUGAAUACUUAGUUGAGAUUAAAUAAAAUUAAAUCAAUGGAAAGUGUUAUGCAUUGAAAUUUCAUUACAAUCAACUCUCAUGUCUGUGUUUUUACAUAUUUAUAACAGAACAUUAGCUUUAUGAUGUAGACGUUUAUUGUAUACAUCGAUUCUCAUCUUAAUUUUACAUUUAGGUACGCAGGUAUUACUGAAGAAGCACAAAUCUCAACUUAACUUACUAUUGGAAAUACCUAUAAUGUAUAUUCGAAUGAUCUUCUGGCUUGCUGAUAAACUUACGAUUAUAAUUCAAAUUAUUUUUAUGUAUAUCUUACGAAUAUUUCAAUUGUAAGUGAAUGAAGAAAGUAUACGGAUCAUAUAACUUUAAUGGAGAGUACUUGAGAACUGGAACAGAAGUCACUGCCGCUUGCUGUUACUUAUUUGUCGAUGUACCUAGCUGUGAUUGUUUGCUACCAAAUUUAGCAAAUUACGUAUGGGUGAUCAACGAUGGUAAAAGUAUUUGCUUUAUUGAAUCAAUGAAGAUGAAGAUAUGUAUUUGAAUUUAAAAGCAUAAUCGUACAAGGAAAUAUGACAAUAACGCUUAAAAAAAAAAUACGACGAAUAAAAAUAUUCAAUCAAAGGAA